AUGAGUCCAAAAAUCCUCAAAACCUGGAGCGAACUAACCAACCCCAAACAACCCUUAACAAGCGACCGCCUACAACUCAUCUUCCUCUUCAGCAUCCUCGCAAGCAUUAUCCUCGUCCUAGCCGAUCUCACAUGGCAUCACUACCAUGUACAAAGUUGGGCUGCCAGCAGCGAAGCGGAAAUCUACGCACGGCUUAUAAAUACUUAUUUGGAUAUAAAGCGUGAUGGGUUCUUGCACUGGGCUGGAAAUCUUUGUCUUAGGUGUUGUGUUUUGUUUUGGGGAUUGUUGGGUGUGCGUUUUAAGUCGUCGGUUCAGUUUGCUGAGGUGGUUGUUGAAUAUGAGGAGGAGGUUCUGAGUGACGGGGAUGAGGAAGAGGAAGAGGGAGAGGGAGAGGCUCUGAGUGAGGAGGAUGAGGAUAUGGAUACGUUGUGGGUGAAAAUAACUUUACGAGAGCACAUGUAUGGAAAUUGA